AUGAGCUGUGAAUACUUUCCGGAUUUACUGUACAUCUCAAAGAAAAACUGGUCACAAAUUGAAGAACUUUUGAAGGAGGUGAUCCUUUCAGAGGAAAAAAGGAAGAAGAUUGAUUUGUUUGUUCAGGAGGUUACUACGUUGCUUUCUUCUGUUCCUGAAACAAAGUUUACGGAGAUUGCUGAUCAGUCAUGGCUUCCUCCAGGUAUUAAAGUGCCUCUGCUGCAGAUUCCUUUCACAGUGAAGGGACGAUUUCGAAUGGCACCCCCUCGUUCUCUUAAUGUGGUUGGAAGCUACCCACUUGGAACCUGUACCAAACCUGAUGUAAAUGUGGAUCUUGCAGUUACAAUGCCACCAGAGAUCCUACAAGAAAAGGACUACUUGAACCAGCGUUUCCACCGAAAGCGUGCAUUAUACCUCUGUGGUCUGGCGCAUCACUUGCUCUGCAGACCUGUGAUUAGUAGCAUGCAUUUUACUUUUCUUCAUGGAGAUUACAUAAGACCUAUCCUCCUGAUUAGAUCAGCUGAUAAAGACCUGCAUUCUGUGACAUUGCGCCUUUACGUCUGCAUCCCAGCUGAUUUCUUUAAGCCUUCUCGUUUCCAUAUAUGCAGGAACAAUAUUCGGAGUGCUUGGUUCCAAGGAUGGGAGAAUGCUACACAAGAAAUCAGUGAGCCACCCACUCCCCACUACAAUAAUGGUAUCCUAAGGGAAGCUUUGAUAGAAGCUCAUCUUACCUUUCUUAAUGCUGCUCUUGCCGACUUUCCAGGCUCUAAAGAAGGUAUUAUGUUGCUGAAAAUAUGGUUGCGGCAAAGGAAGCUUGAUCAGGGUUUUGGUGGCUUUACAGGAUUCCAUGUUUCCAUGCUGGUGGCAUACCUUAUUUCCAGAAAUCAAAUCAGCCCUGUGAUGAGUUCCUAUCAAGUAUUUAGAAGUGUUCUGCACUUUCUUGCAAUCACAGAUAUGACAGUAAAUGGCAUCACACUGGCUACAGACCCUAACAGUUUGGGGCCCACCCUUUCAGAAUUUCACAGUGCAUUCCAAGUUGUCUUCAUUGAUCCUUCUGGAUUUGCAAAUGUUUUUGCUGAUAUGACAACCAACCAAUACAAACAGGUGCAACAUGAGGCUCAGCUGUCAAUGCAGGUGUGGGAUAACCCCAAUUUUGAUGGGUUCCAUGCUCUCUUCAUGACAACCAAAACACUUGUACGGAGCUUUGAUCAUGUUUUCCACAUCUCCUGCAUGUCAAGGCUUCAAAGAGCUUGCAAUAAAAUGAAACUCUUCAGUGACAUUAUGGACCAUAAUGGGAAUUAUGUGGCUGCUGCUUUGCCCUAUAUCCUGUCAAUCUUGCAAAGAGGCCUUGGGGAAAGAAUCAGUUUACUGAUACCAGUAUUACCACAGACUCAGGAGUGGUCAAUCUAUACAGAUCCACCUCAACACAAAGAUAUGGGGCUGUUGUCCUUUGGUAUGCUCUUGAACACAGAACAUAGUACUAAUAUAUUAGAGAAAGGUCCAGCUGCUGACAGUGUACAGGCCACAGAAUUUCGUAGGUUUUGGGGCAAUAAAGCUGAGCUGCGUCGCUUCCAAGAUGGCUCACUUUGUGAGGCUGUGAUCUGGGAUGGUGAUUCUCUGUUUGAAAAACGCCUUAUUACUGAGAAAAUUGUCAAACACCUCUUGCAGCUGCAUGCUGAUAUCCCAGAGUCCUCGGUAAAUUAUGUUGGUGGUUUACUGGACAGAAUUCUGCAAGUAGGACGAAAGCCAUGCAGAACAGGCGAGGAAGAGAGCUUGAAAAUCACCCAUGCAUUUGAUGAUCUGAAUCGUAAGCUGUGGAACCUGGAAGGCUUGCCCCUUACCAUAACAUCUGUUCAGGCAGCUCACUCUUCUCUGCGACACACUCAGGUUUUCCCCCCUUUGCCGAUGAACCCGGAUUUAUCUUUUUUCCAAAAAGAGAAAUUAGACAACUCACUCUUGCCUCUUGAGGAAAAACCAUGCCCAGCAUACAUCCCGGCCUUGCAAGUAAUCUGCCAUAUGGAGGGCAGUGGGAAAUGGCCACAGAAUAAGGAAGCAAUCCGCCGGAUCAAGUCAGCAUUCCAUAUUCGACUAGCUCAGCUCCUAAGGCAACAGUAUGGCCUAAUCUGUCGUACUGCUGUUAAUGCUUUAGAUGUUUACAAGGAUGGCUUUGUAUUCCGAGUGCAGGUUGCUUAUCACCGUGAGUCACACUUUCUGAAGGAAGGUUUGACCUCAGAUGGGAUGGUACAUUACUGUAACGCAAAGGAAAAGGAAGCAUUGAAGCUGAAACUGGAGACUGUGCACAUGCCAUUGUUGACAAGUGUUCUAAAUGGGCUACAGCAGCAGCACUCCACCUUUGGAACAACGGCCCGUCUAGCAAAACGCUGGAUUGGAGCCCAUCUGCUGGAUGCCUGCUUAAUGAGUGAUGAGGCUGUGGAACUGUUAGUAGCAUCUCUCUUCUUGCACCCUGCCCCAUUUAAUACCCCCAACUCCCCACAGGUUGGCUUCAUUCGCUUUCUGCUAUUGUUGUCAAGUUUUGAUUGGAAAAACAAUCCACUGAUUGUAAAUUUCAAUGGAGAAUUUUCAGCUGCAGAGUACACAGAAGUUAAAAAUUACUUUGUUUCUACACGAUCCAAUCUUCCUGCCAUGUUUAUUGCUACUCCUCAAGACAAGAAAAAUUCAGUGUGGACAAGGGAAAGCCCUUCUGUGCAGAUCUUGCAAAGGUUAAUCAUGCUUGCAUCUGAGAGUCUACUGGUUCUUGAGAGACAGCUGAGUGCCCCGUGUUCUUUCCAAGAUAUGAAGGUUGUGUUUCGCUCUCCUUUGGACAUCUAUGACGUGCUGAUUCAUUUAAACCCAAAGCGAGUUCCUCGUCAAGCACAGGCCAUUGAUGUGCCAACAGUAACCUUUAGCAGAGGAGCUCUAUUUAGUGAAGCUGUUGGCACAAAGGCCUUCAUGCCCAUUGUGGAAUUUGAUCCUGUCUCCAUAUUUCUGAAGGAGCUGAGGGAUGCUUUUGGAGAGCUGGCACUGUUCUUCUGUGAUCCUAAUGGGGGCCUAAUAAUUGCUGUUCUGUGGAAACCACAGGCAUUUUCAAAACAGACAUUCCGGGCUUCUCACAUGAAUGCUCGUCUGGUGGAAAUUGGAAGCAAUGGUGCACAAACAGUGCCUAAUGUGGAAGCCAUUUUAGAGGAUUUUGAAAUUCUGGGGGCAGGGCUCGUGGAGAAAUUGGAAAUUCAAACUGAGAAGUGGUCUAUAUAAGACGUCAUACCUCUGUUCUUUUUUCAGUGUCAGCAGUCUAAAAGAUUGGAAUAUAUUUGUGUAUAUUUAUAUUUUUUAUAAAAGAUGGUCAGUUUAACAUGUCCUCUACUCGUAUGUUUCAGUGGGAUGUUUUUCAUAAAAAUGCUGGCACUACAAGUCAAUAAAGUAAUAUUUUUAAGUCAA